AUAAUUGGGCAUUCUUGUAUAUGUUCGUUGUCACUUCACAAUCACAGGGUUUCAGUAUUUCUCUUGGUAAUGUUAUAAGUGGGGUGUUACAACUCCUGACUUCAUCAUGUUUGAGGAUGUUGUGGCCUACCUGUUGAACAAGUAUCUAGGAAAAUAUGUCCAAAACUUAGACAGUGAAAACUUAAAUGUUGGAAUAUUUAGUGGCACAGUUCAAUUAACUGACUUGCAAUUAAAACCUGAAGCUUUGUAUGAGUUAGAUCUUCCAAUAGAAGUGAAAGGAGGAUGUAUAGGAAAAAUUUCAAUAGACAUUCCGUGGACAGGCCUCUAUUCAGAACCUGUAUUGGUUCAUAUAGAAGAUAUAUUAGUUCUUGCUGGACCUGUUACAAACAAAGACUAUGACCCAGAGAAGCAGAGACUACUCAUGCAAGCAUGGAAGCAGAAACAUCUGGAUGACCUUCAAGAUCCUACACUUGAUGCUAAUUUGGGUAAUGAACCAAGGGGUUUCUUUGAAAACUUGGCUGCCACCAUUAUUAAUAAUGUACAGGUAUCAAUACAAAAUAUUCAUAUUCGCUAUGAAGAUUCAGUUAGUAAUCCUAAUGCAGCAAUUUCUUGUGGAGUUGCCUUGCAGAGCCUAACUGCCAUAACAACAAAUAAUCGAUGGAAACCAACUCAGCUCAACUCCUCAGCAACCAACUUGUUCAAGUUAUUGAAGCUUGAGUCUUUCUCCAUUUAUAUGAAUACAAACUGUAACCCUCAAAACUGGGCCAGAAACCUCCUCAGUAAUAAUAACAACUGGAAGAAUGCCUUAAAGAAAGGACUUGCUACAUUUAGUAUUCAGCAGGAAGAAUUUGAAUUCAUUGUUAAACCCAUUUCUGCCAAAGUGAAAAUGAUAUUCAACAAGUCAAAUGAAGCAAAAAUUCCAAAAUUGUUAGUUGACUUUGUUCUACAAGAUGCUGCUUCUCAGUUGUCUCGUAACCAAUACUUAGGAAUUUUGACCCUAGCUGAAUCAUUUCAAAUGUUGCUCAUCAAUCAGCAGUACUUGAAAUAUCACCCACGAGUUCCUUUAGAGGGCCAUGCUAAACAGUGGUGGAAGUAUGCAUACAAAGCAAUUGUCCAGACAUCCAUAAGACCUUAUUCAUGGAAACAUAUACAGGAACACAGAAAGAAGUACAAAGAAUACAAAGAACAGUACAGAAAAAGACUCUGUUAUCCUGAAGACACAGAACUAGGACUUCAUUUAAAAAAAUUGGAAGACCACUUUGAUGUGUUUAACAUUUUGAUGGCUCGAGAGCAUGCUAAAAUUGAGUUUGCCAAAGAAAACCCUUCAUGUAUUAAGAGGAAAACAAAAGAUACAUAUUGGUGGUCAUGGUUGUCAACUGAUAGUGGUGAAAGAGAGCAGGUAGAAGUACCAAUUGAGAAAGAGAAAACACUGUGGUCUAAAUUAACAACAGAAGAAAAGGAGAGGUUGUAUGAAGCUAUAGGUUAUAAAGAAGACAAAGGGAUACCAGAGGCCUCAGUGCAGUACAUAGCCCAUAAGCUGAACUUUACAUUAGCCAAUUGUACAUUGUCCUUGAUAAACUUUGAGAAGGAAAUUCUUGUUGCAACUUUAACUCAGUGUUUGAUAAGUGUUGAGACUAGACCAGUGGCUAAAGCAUUAAAAAUUUCAGCUCGAACAGAAAGUUUUCUUGUGGAAGGGGCAUCAAUAGAAAAUGACUUGGUUCCCAUCAUGACAGCUGAUAAUAUUUCACUUAGUUCAACUCCAAAUCCAGUUUUUGCAGUGGACUUUGAGGUCAACCCACUACAUGUGAAAGCAGAUUAUGGCUUUGUAGUUAAUGUAGAACCUGUUGAAGUUGUUUAUCAUGAGCAUGCACUUUCUGAAGUCUUCUCCUUCUUCCACGUUCCAUCAGUUUCUACAGAUGAUAUUAUUAAAAUGGCUUCUGAAAAGCUACAUGGCUUAGCCCAGAUAGGUGAAGCAGGACUGGAAUAUGCAAUAAAAAAUCAUAAGACAAUUGAUGUGAAUCUUGACUUGAAGUCACCAUACCUCGUUAUCCCUCAACAUGGAUCAUUACAGAGAGGAGGGAGUGUGCUUGUUUUAGACAUGGGAAGACUGACUGUUAAAAGUGAAUUACAGCAAGACAGACUUUCAAAUGUGGAAGAUACCAAAAUGGAAAUAGAUCAGAGGCUAUAUGAUAUAUUUGAUGUUACAUUUUCAGACAUUCAAGUUUUGUUUACUGAUUCAGGAGAUGAGUGGAGAACAGCAAGACAACUUCCUGAGUCUGAGAUUCAUCUUAUGCCAAAAGUGAAUAUAAUGGCAUUAUUCUCAAACAGCAUUGAGCCUAGUUAUAGAUUGUUACCACGACAAAAAUUAAAGAUGACUCUUCCAAGCCUUAAACUUAACCUAUCAGAUAGAAGAAUAACUUUGUUAGCAGACUUUAUGAACAACCUGCCUGUGCCACAUAUUUUGCGUCCUGAAGAUCGGGAAUUUGGAGAUGUCCUUGAUGGAAGUGUUCAUUCAUCAGCUACUAUAGGAUUUCCUGUGAACCUUAAAGAAGUUCAUCUGGAUCCUACUACUCCAGAACUUAGACAUAUGAAGAAUCUGCUUAGUAGAGUUUCCGAAAAUGUGCAAGUAGAAAGAGGCAUUAGUGAGUCCCCACCACGAAUUGGAAAGUAUUUCUCAGUAUCUGAUCAUUCUGAUGAAGAAACUGAAGAAUGGGCAAGAACUGUUGAUUUACCAGGUUUUGAAGAUAACAUGUCAGCUAGUAACACCAUUCAUGUGCUGCUGCAGCUGUGGAUUGGAGAGGUAGUGUUGCAUUUGGCACGAUCUAGUGACCAUGUCGACAAGCCAUACUUGAUGUUGAGAAUAGAGAAGCUACGCACAGAAUUUGCUUUUAUGGACUAUGGGCCUGCAAUUCAAGCAAGUCUUGGUGGAAUCCAACUAGUUGACAAACUACAUACAGGCUCUUCUGGUGAAUAUAUGGAACUAAUUAGAUCAAAACAGAAAAGUGAUAUGAUCACAGUACUCUACAGAAAGGUUAAAGCUAACUGCCCUGAGUUUAAAAGCCACUUUCAUCAAGUGGAACACUCCUUAGUAGUCAGCCUUACAGCUAUUUCUGUGACAUUUCACCGAGAAGCCUUUAUAACACUAUGGCGGUUUAUACCAUAUGUUAUCACCAAAAUCCAACCUAAAAAUCAGCUUAGUGCAUCCUUAUUCUCUUCAGUGGUUCCAGAUACUACAUCUCUUAUACUAUAUGCCCAAAAUGAUCCUCCUGUUCCUCCUGGUUCAACCAAGUUUGGAAUAUCUGCACGUAUUGAUGAAGUACGAGUCAAACUGUGUGACACUGAUAUGGAAUUGAUUGAACUUAAAAUUGCAG